AUGGUUGCGGCACAACUGAUACAUAGAUGUCAUUAUGGCAUAAACAACAACAACAGCAUCUGGAUCAAGGGCAACGAGUUCCUCUGCCGCGUGCCCAUCGACUACAUUCAGGAGACGUUCAACCAGAUGGGCCUGGAGUACUUCACCGAGACACUGCAAGUGAUCCUGAAUCCGGUGUUCGACAGUUCCUUGGACUGGGUCUUCGGCGAUGAGGAGAAGUGGUACGGCAUGAUCCCCGCCCGAUACAUCAUGUCGGAGAGAGGCGCGGAUGAUAUGCGCCAAAAGUAUGAGAGAGGGGACUUCGAAGUGUGUCCAAAGCUCUCCUGUAGGCAGAAAACCCUUCCUGUGGGCCCCAGCGACGUGUGUGGCAAGUCCAACGUGAAAAUCUUCUGCCCUCGCUGUAACGACUUUUACGAGCUGCGAUCCGAUAAACAGCUGGACGGAGCAAUGUUCGGGACCAGCUUCUCGCACAACUUCUUCGCGCAGCGGCCGAAC